GCCACGUGCCAUUGGCCCGUAGGCAGUAAGCGAGCUCGUGACUAUUUCUUUACUGCUAGCUAGUUAGCCCCGGUUAGCACACUGCUUGCGUGCUAGCUAGGAAACUGUUAAGUUAGCUAUUUUAUCUCACGUUAGUUAGCAGUUAUCGUUUGUUUUGCGUUUAUAAAACUAUUCCAGAGGACUGCAAGGAGGAGAAACUUAACCUAGCUAGCUAAGAUGUCCAUAGACAACAGAAAGAAGCCAACUUGUUCCUCCAACUCUGGCAACCCAGUUCACUGGUCCUCCUCGUUCCCGCGGCAACCAGCCAGGGUCCUGAUCGUGGAGGCGCUGCCACCGUGGUGGUCCGAGACCUGUACGGUGCUCUGUGAUGCUCUGGAGAACUUCCUGUCCCUGGCCUGUAGUCUGGACGGACCCUGUAGGAUACCACUGCUCAGCCUGUACGUCAUCAGCAGGCAGCAGGAAUGUCUACUGCCAUUUGUGGUUCGUGGUAACCUGGCCAGGCUGCGUUCCUGUGUCGAGGAGCUGAGGACUAUUUCAGGUGAAGGUUGUAUCAGAGGAGCAGCCAGAGGAGGCGAGCUGCUGCGUCAGGCAGUGCUGGACAGUCUACAGCAGUUUAAACAGUACAUUAGACAUAUCAGUACUGACAAGCAGGCCAGCAACAACAUAUCAGUAGAGGUUACUGUGGUGACCAGCCAGCCAGGACGGGGAAUCGUUCACCAGUUGGAGACGGGGCUCAAAGACACUGACCUGGUGUCCCUGAAGCGUCUCCUGGUGGUGCAGAUCUAUCGUGCUGCAGACUGGGGACAGGAAAACCCCUCACCUGAAGCCACACACCCAGAGGCUGAAGACUCUCUGAUGUUGGGAACCGAAGUCGACCUGCAGCGGGUAGAAAACAGCACGUUUGCCAUGGAGAUGGUGUUGAAGGCGUGGCUUCAAGAGCAGGGUGGAGACAGAGAGCACCUCCACCUCCUGUUGCCCAACCCCCUGGACAAUCCCAUUCCAGUAUGCGUGAAGUGUGACAUGCAGGAGUGUCUGAUAAGCCCCGCCCUCAUCCCCCUUAACCCCAACCUGGGAGUGAAGACUGAGAGCGUCCGGGACUUCUUGCCUGUCACAAAGGGAUCAGCCAAUCAGAGCCAACCACCACGGAAACUGAAAGCAAUCAAGACUCUGCGUGCAGACGGAGUGUGUGAGAGUGUGUUGUACGGCCUGCCGCUGGUGAUCCGCCCCACCACCUGCUGGCAGCUGGACUGGGAUGAAAUGGAGACCAACCACAACUUGUUCCAUGCUCUCUGCAGCACACUCAGGAGUCGUGACUUGUUCCUGCUGCUGCAGGUGGAGCCGGCACAGAGGUCUACAGCUGGAGGCUCAGGUGUGUAUUCUCACUACAUCGUCCAGCCGUCCCCGUCCCUCUGCCUCCUGCUGAAGCCUGUGGUCUCCAGAGAGUUGCUGCUGCCGUGCACUCUACCUUCCGCCACUCAGGAACCUGCACCCAAUGCCAUGCACUCUAUACAGGGUUGUCUCACUCAGCUGGAUGAGGAGUGUGUGUUUAACCCUCUGUCUCUGAGCAGUAACCUGUACCAGCACCUGAAGAGUAGAGGCCUGCUCUCACAGCCACGAUACCCAUACAGACUGCAGCCAGCUGCUGCCCACAGAGACCAGUCCCAGCCACUAGAGGGUCUUAAAGGCACAGCCAGCAGGCAGCCGCGGCAGCCACAAAACCACGGCCGCCAGCUGGGAAUGAACAACAAGGUCAGGGCCACUGUGGCUCCCCUGCCCUCGUCCUCCCACUCCUCCUCUUCCUCCCUGGGACCUCCUCCUGCUAAGGCCUCACGUCCGGCCCUGAAGCUCCUCAGCAGCAGCAGCAGCAGCAGUGGCAGCCGCCGGGCCCUGUCCGCUGCUCUACAGGUGGAACACAAUGAUGAUGAGGACUCCAUUGUAAUACAGUAAGAACACUGGGGGGUGAGCGGAAGACAGUGGGCCGAGAGAGCAACACAGUGACAGGGAGGUGACAGAGAGAGAGAGAGAGAGAGAGAGAUAGGCGGUGUAGUGCUUCCUCAACAAGUCACACACACACACACACUUUGAAAUCCUUCAGCAUCCUGACCUGCCACUUCAAAGGGCUUUCCAGUGGUAGCACACGCUCACACACACACACGCACACACACACACACACACACACACACACACACACACACACACACACACACACACACAUUUGGCUAAUCGAUCCCCAUUGUAAAGGAAGUGAGUAAUCAGGCAUCUCAUAAAUGCUUUAAAGACUUUUUAAAGGAGGGGAAGAUGCUCUAAUUUGCACGUAAACACACACUGUUCUACAGUACUCUCUGGGUGGUAGCAGCUUUUUUUGAUACUUUAAUUCAUCUCUAUUUAUUCUCACCACACAAACAAUAUUACCUAGACCUGAAUUUAACAAGCCUUGGUGUGUGAGUAUUUAUUAGUGUGUGUGUGUGCAUGUGUGUGUGUGUGUGUGUGUGUGAGAGUGAGUGUGAAAGGAAAGUUUCAACUCACUGCCACUUUCAGAUUGCUGAGGCAGCAAAAUGUCCACAUCACACAAUAAAAAAAGCGGGAGAGAGACAUAAGACAUCUAGAAACAGGCAGAAACGGCUUCCAAAAUAAUGAUAAAGGCACAAUAGAGCAUGCACACUGCAGCUAUGGUACUACACUACAUAUGGACUCAUUGACAAACACACAUAUGCACAUUCCAUUUCCAUUUGGCCCUUAGGUCUGAACACAGCUUCACUGUUUUAAUGAGAGAAUAAAGCAGCACACAGAGGGGCCUCUCUGCUCUCCUUCACCUCCACAGCGAGCCCUCUCUCUGGGGGUUGAAAGACAGCGUGAAGGGGGCGGAUGAAAGGAGAACAGAGACGAGAGAAAGCAUGUUCUUUAAAAUUGACAUAAAAAAGGUACAAGUUGUAAAAAAUAAAGUUAAGUUAUCACUUUGUUUAUUGUCGAGAGAGGAAGUUCAUGUAGUGACAUCACUGGUCAGACAUUUAAUUAGAUUUUCGUUUAUACCCACGUAUUUGUCAGUUAGGCCCAUCCAUCAGUUCUGUUCUUAAUUCAUUCCUCGUCGAGAAGCUUUGUUAUCUACACACACACACACACAGACACACACAGGCCUAAUCAGCCUCCCGCCAUUCCACCCCCUUGUUGAACCUAAUAGUACCCUGUGACUUCAUGAUGUUGUGAUGUCACAGGACUUCCGCAUUCACAGAUCACAUCCACAACGAUACUUUUGUCUCUGAAGAGAAUUUGACCGGCGGACCUCCAAAACUGCCCACUGACAUUUAAUCCACUUCUCCCUCGCUCUCUCCAUCCUUUCCCCAUUUCUCUCUCGCUAAGUACUUUCUUUUCUAAUGAUCACGAGCUCAGGGACGUGAAUUUGAUCAAAUUGUUCAAAUAGAACAACAACCUCUCUGUCCCUGUCUGGCGAAGUUUCCCUUUCUUAACCGGGGCGACAUCAGCCACACUCCUCAUUAAAUGUCACCCGAUGACUGGGGCGGGAGCCGCAGCUAACAAAAAGUGUCCCUCUUUGUGUUUGUUGAACAUAGAGUCUUGCUAGUGGGGAGAUUAUUCAGGUUUGGGUAAAUUGUUGACCAAUAGCCACUGUUCUUUUUCAAGAAAGUUCUCUGUUCAUUGUUGUUUUUAGGACUCCACCAUACAAACUCUUAGUGUCCACCAUGUUGUGUGUGUUGACUGUUUUCAAUCCAAUUAAUUGUCUGAGGUGCAAAGGAAAUGGAUUAUCAUUCAUUCAUUCUGUAAAUUCCUUCAUUUAGUUGGUUAUAUUUCAGCUGCUGUGACAUUUCAGGAUCUUGUAAGUUCUAAGUAUUUAGAAUAUACAGUAUAUGUACAGUAAAUAUAUAUAUAUAUAUACUUAGAACUUACAAGUUUUCAUUUAACUUACAUGAUCCUUGAUAUAUUUAUUGAACUUUUCUCAGAUUUGUAUUUUAACACUGAAUAUGAACUGUGGGU